AUGAUUCAAAUUCUCAAAUUAGGGUUCCACAAUUUAACUUUCAGGAGCUUGUUUGCAGUAAAUUAUAGAAGCCUGAAAUUUAAAGGUCCGUCUUCUGUGAAGUUAGAAUUAAUGGGUUCUAAAAGACCCCGGUCGAUUUCCUCGCAUUCAGCUGUGAGUGAUCAUUUAAGUAUUGAUGCAUCAAAAUCCCAAAAGACUGUUUCCAAGGACAAUGUUAGGGAAAGUGAGCUGCUUGGGGAUGAUUCCAAGAAUAUAGAGGAUAUGACAGUUCAACAGCUGAGAUCGAGAUUGAGGCAUAUAGGGAUUCCUGCCAAAGGUACUAAGCAGGAACUUGUCUCUGCCUUGAAGAAUUCUUUGAACAGCCAAAUAGAUGGUGAAGGUUCUUUGGAUCAAAGCAAUCAAGUAACAACCAAAGAUGAGCCAAAUAUCACUAAAAACAACUCAAAAAGAAAAUUUAGAGGGUUAUCAACUAGAAAGCUUGUCCAAAUUACAGCCGAUGAUUCAGAGACUUCUGGAACUAAAAAGUCAAAGAGAACUGUAAAGCAAUCUCCUGCAAACACCGUUGACGUAAAAAUUUUGCAGAAUAUGAAGGAGCAAGAGCUGACAUCCAUUGAUGCAGAAAGUUACAGAGUUGACCUCGCCGUAGAGGAACCUUGGACUAUUUUUGCUCACAAGAAGCCACAAAAAGGGUGGGUUGCUUACAAUCCCAAAACUAUGAGGUCACCUCCUCUUGCUGCUGAUACAGCACAUUUGAAGUUAAUGUCUUGGAAUGUCAAUGGUUUAAGAGCUUUAUUGAAGUUGGAGAGCUUUUCCACAUUGCAACUUGCACAAAGAGAAAAUUUUGAUGUAUUAUGCUUGCAAGAGACUAAACUCCAGGAGAAAGAUGUUGAGUCAAUCAAACAAAGUCUCCUAGAAGGUUACGACAAUAGCUUUUGGACAUGCAGUGUCUCGAAGCUAGGUUAUUCUGGUACAGCUAUUAUUUCACGGAUGAAACCACUUUCCGUCAGAUAUGGACUGGGCAUAUCAGAUCACGAUAGUGAAGGACGUCUUGUAACAGUGGAAUUUGAUAAUUUCUAUUUGUUGAGUAGCUAUGUUCCCAAUUCUGGUGAUGGUCUAAGAAGACUGUCAUACAGAAUUAGUCAGUGGGAUCCUUCACUUAGCAACUACAUGAAAGAUCUAGAACGAUUAAAGCCUGUCAUUCUGACAGGUGAUUUGAAUUGUGCUCAUCAGGAAAUAGACAUCUACAAUCCGGCAGGUAAUAGAAGAAGUGCGGGUUUUACAGAUGAAGAAAGGAAUUCAUUUCAAACAAACUUUUUAGACAAGGGUUUUGUGGAUACCUUUAGGAAACAGCACCCUGAUGUUGUGGGUUAUACUUAUUGGGGCUACAGGCACGGUGCACGAAAAACUAACAGAGGGUGGCGGCUUGACUAUUUCCUCGUCUCCGAAUCAAUUUCAGACAUGGUUCACGACUCAUAUAUUCUCCCUGAUGUUACUGGAAGCGAUCAUAGUCCCAUUGGCCUCAUUCUCAAGCUUUAG